AUGAACAUUACUGAGCAUUAUGCGUUCUUUGGCUCCUGGGCUCGACAACUGAGCAAUGCUCCCAUUUCAAUGAUUUGCACGCCGAACGAUCAGCAUCUUACGAUCCAGCUUUAUGGAAUCACACCAUCUGCGCACGUUCAUGUGUUGCUCAAGUCGUUCUACGAGAGUUUGAUGCUAGGCAAUCACAUUCGAGAUCUGAACAAUCCUUCCUAUGCGCGAAUUAAGCUAGAUCCCGUUUCUUCUCUCAUCGUGAAUGAUCGUGAACUUCCAGAAGAGUACGACUACAUCCAGGGACGAAAGCGAGCGAAUCGAACACUGCCUGGCAACAUGCUGCCUCCUCCUGGAUUGCUGAUAAAUCCAAUCAAAGUGGAUGAAACGACGACGAAAGCGAAGGAGGCAUCGGCCGGAACGAACUUUGCAGAAAAGCAUGAAGAAUGUCAAGGAGCCUACGUUUCCAAGACACGAGAUGAGUUGGAUGUUGUUCCAAAGGAUAUGAAGCAGCGCGAUAGUCGUGAGACGAUCCGUUUGUUUUCUCGUUUGCUGCCGAACAUCCAAAUGGUAGAUGGAAAAGCAGAAAUCGAUCUGAGUGAUUACAAGGAGAAUGGAUGCGAGGUUGAAGUGGUUGCAGUGGAUGAAGGUCGCUUCUUGGACACUGUGUUGUUCUAUUCUGGGAGCGAGGAUGACCGUGUUUCACUGAUGGUUCAGCAGCAAGAGCUGGAGGAAUCGCUGGAUCCCUCGAAGAAUUACACAGAGGAGAAGCAGAUAUCGGUAGUAACGGCGGAGGAACCGUUGUCGAUUGAUAGCAAGUCAGAGAUGCAAGUGUUGGCGUCUCUAGAGGAUGACAGCAUGAACGAGAAGAAAAAGAUGCGAUUGUACAGCAAAUACAACUGCUCGGAAGUGAAUGUCUUCAUCUAUUUCCGUGACCGUCCCUUCUUUGACGCAUAUCUCGCUUCUUCUCUGCAAUUGAAGGUCGAGAAAUCAUUUUUGGAUCGCGCUUUGCUGGCCAGUCGAGUUUCUGAAGAAGAAGGCGCAACAAUCGAACUUGGGAUGAAGAAUAAUGCUGCGCACAAUCCUCUUUCUCGCUUUGCGUUCGCCUCCAUUUUCCAAAGUGCGAUGAAUCUGAAGAGUUGGAAUGCGCCGCCUUCUGUGCUUCCACUUGAGGUAGAAAAAGAAGUUCUAAGUGACUUUAUUCUUCGUCCUAUGGAAGAGUUAUAUCGACCAAAGCCAAUGCUUUAUGGAGCUAGAAAACCAAAGAUGUGUGUGAGGUCUACUGAUUCUAAUUUUGGACCAAGAAUAAUGGGAUUUGGAGCUUGUAAUGGAGGCAUGGACUCUGAGUGUAUGUCUGAUGCAGUCUAUUAUUGUUCUAUGCCAAUGCCUCCUCCGAUGGCCGUUCCACGAAUGUGUCGAAUGGAUGCCAUGCCAUCUCAUCGAUUCAUUGCUCAGUCGGCUGAUCGAAUGGAAGACAUUGGCACUUACAAAAAGAAGAAGAGUGUAGAACAUCACUACGAACGAUUAGAGAAAACGAAGGAGUAUCAAGAGGGAUACUAUUACCAAAGCACUGAAAUGUUUUCUCCUGUGAGUCUUGUUCCCAAUUCAGCGUUUUGGGCGUCCUUUUCCCAUCAUUUGCGCAGCGGCUCGUCUUUUCCCUUCCUCUCCAAAGACUUCAUUCUCUGCACUCACUCUGGUUCGGAAGUAUUAUUCUGCCUGUCUGUGCUGGGGAUUCAGAGUGAAGAAGCCGCCUAUCACCUACAGAAAUCGCAGUUAGUCACGAACUCGCCCGUGUUCGUGUUCCACAUAAUGCUGAAGGAGGGAACAAAGCCUGCGGAUUGUCCUCUCAUGGUGCUGACCAAGUACAUCGAUAACAGCAAUCACUGGAAGACAGUGAACGGGAAGAAAGUGGAGCGUUUCAUGGAAACCAACGAGUUCGUCGCGGGAGUUUCGUACACCUGCAUGAUUGUCAUUACGAAUGUGGCUCCCAUCCAGCAAGUCGUGGAGGUCAUGUAUCAGAUUCCGCGGGGAUCGUACCCUCUAUCCAAUCUCAAGUCUUUGGUGAACGAGGUGAAGACAAUCGAUGCCUUCAGCACCUGCACGUUGAGUUAUUCGUUCUAUUUCCCGAAGGUUAGAGACUUUGAGCAUCUUCCAGCGCACAUCAUCGAUUCAACAAAGGCGACCAUCCUCGCUGUCGCGUCUCCUUCCUUCACGACGCUCCACUGCGUGAAGGAGGCGAAGACGCUCGAUGUCACUUCGUGGAAAGAUGUGGCACUCAACGCUUCGGAGGACGUUCUGUUUGAUUCCAUUCGAUCACAUGAUGUGCAGGAGCUGGAAUGGAAGUAUGUGCUGGGCAGACUGUCCAAUGCUUCGUUCUUUACGAAGCUGGUUGCCGAGCUGAGUAGAAUUUGA